AUGAAUUCUCCUGAUUCGGGCAGCGUUAGAUUAAAGUGGAAAAGGUUUGUGUCCAUUCAUCGGAAGGAUUUCAACACAGUGGGAAGAUUUGCUGUGUGCUCGGAGCAUUUUACAAGGGAUUGUUUUACGCUUGCUUUUCCGAUGAAAGGCCUGAAAAGGAAUUUGAAGAAGGGGACGUUUCCAACCAUUUGGAAAAAAUCCUCUCAAACACUAUCAAAGCGGAGUCGACGAUAGGUGAGCGAAAUUACAAUGUAUUUGCGCUGUGCUUAUCACCAUUUAUUUAUUUCCCCAUUUACCUGUGACAUGAUUUUUUCUGGCAUCGUUGUUCAAUAUUCGUGUAAUGAAUGCUCUGACUAUUUGGACUUCCCAUAUUGUUGCAUGUGUUUUCAUACUUUUCUGCUUUCUUCUCAUGGUUAUAGUAAAACGGGCAUUUGCGCUGAGUGGACGUGAAGUCAAUUCCCCAAUUCCCAGACCUUUCCACUCAAGCGUAAAAUUUAGAAAAAGUGAAGCUACAUAGAAAUCCGGCUCUCUAUUUUUUGAGAGAUUAUCUUGCUGUUACUUUGAGAUUUGACAGUACUCCAAACUUCGCUCCAAGAAAUCUUACAGCAAAUUAAGAGUUACACGCGAGUCUUUUAAAACGACCAAAAAUGGACUUAAUCUGAUUUCUACAUUCUAUAAGUUCAGUUACUGUUUGCGGUUUUUUUUUCGUUUGUAUUUUAAUUCUAUUUUCACUGUCUGCAAAUGAUGCAUACAUUUUAAGGCAAAGAUGUGGUUAAACCUUGCUUCCAUUUCUACUUUUGAAAACAUCGACAUAAAGCUCAAAUUUAAACUUGUUUUGAAGGGGAGAUAUAAAAAAUGGUCGUACCUAUUUUCAUUUUUAGCUACUAAAUGAAAUUCUGGCUGGUCAAACUACUAAUGAGGAUACAGAGGAAGAAGACUAUCCUGAAGAAGAGGUGAUCUCUUUGAAAGGAAGUUCUGCACCUGAGGAGAGUGCUGACACUAUGGGGGCUCCCAAUCUCAACCCUGAGGAGUCUCCACAAGUCGAGGGUGUUCUGAACACAUGUCAGGGUUCUUUGCUUGAGGUAAAUCCUGAAAAGGAGGGCUGCACCCCUGAGACUGAGAUGGGUGAGAUAAGUGUUGAUGCUGAGAUGGCUUCAGAGGUCCUAGGUACUCCUGGUGAUAAGACAACUCUCGAGAGCCAAGGGAUUUCCGGCACUGAUGAGGUUACUGAGACCAUGCAGAUCCUGGAGGCUCAGGGAAUCGAAAAACUGUAG